CUGUUUCUCAGCACAUUGUGAAAUUCAAGAUCAUGCAGCAGCUACCUCAUCUGCGUUUCCCAGUCCGGCUGUACUUGCACAACAGAAGGGGGGGCGGGGGAUGAAGGAUGUUUGUUCUUGGCUAUCACAGUCGAUUUGUUAAUCUUUCAGUCUGCAUGUUUAACAGGAGCCAUUGGCUUUCUGAGCCAACUGCUCACACUGUGCUCCAGGGUAAUCCUCUGUCCAGGGAUGCCUGAGACUCUCCUGCUGGAGAUGAUGCUGUUUCCUGGGAUCAGGGUCAGUACAAAGGAGCCUGAGGAAAAGCUGCACAGGUGGAGAGCACCUGUCUGUGUCAAAUUCAGCAGGCCCCACCUGGAUCUUCUUGGGAUAUUGAGAAGGAAACGCAGGCCCCAUCCCUCCUCUUCCCUUCCCAUUCAGCCGGCCUGGUAUGGACAGCAAGUGCCAGACUGCCCGGUGCCUCUGAGCCCCAGAGCUCCUUUGCCUGCUCCCCACGCCCUCUGGCCUUCUCCUGCCUUGACUCAUCCCAGCCAGUAUCACCGCACUCCGUAUUUCAGCUCCUCUUGAACUCCCACGGUAAUAGUUAACAUUGUGUCACUGAGCACCUCAGUCAGCCCCGCCUCUGAAUGGUCCUUCCCUUUUGCAAAGCCAGGUGAGCGUUUGAUAUUCUCCUUCUAGGGAGUGGUGGGCAGCUCACACCUGGUGUCCCACUCUCUGCAGCUUGAGCAGAUCCCGUUCCCAAGGUUCCCCUCCCAGACGUAAAGGACAAGGAGCCGAGAUUCUCCAGAGCAAGAUGGCAACCCUCCCCCACACCCCCUCCCUGGCGUCAUCACCUACCUCGGCAAAGCUUCUCUUCUGAGUGUGUCGGGCAGCCUCCUGAGCUGGAGCAGUGGGGCUGCCAUUCAGUGGCUCCCUCGGCAGCCACGUCCUGCCCAUACAGCAAGCAGGGGUCAUAAGCUAGGGGAGUAAGCACACACCACCUUUCCUAGCGAGAACUGAGGUGGGAUGUGACUUUAAAGCGCAGUCGCUCUUCCUGAUUAACUCCAUGUAUAGACACUCUGGAAUCAGAGUGCCUCCUUCUGGUUUAGCUAAUCCCCUUGCAGUCCACACCUCCUCGCCAUGUGUAGACAAGCCCCGAGGCACUGCUCAGUUACACUGUUAGUAGAGACAGCAGUUAGCAGGACGCGGGUCCUAUGGGAAAGCAGAAUCGGCAGCAGUCUGUCCCCAUGGGAAUGGUAGUGCUGUUCCCAAUUCACGUUGCAGCUUCCCGGAAGGAUCCAGGAGGCCGAGAAGAGGGGCACAGCACGGGGAGGGCUUUUUUCAAGCCUAAUAUGUUUGAGAAGCAGAAGUGCAAAAGGAGCUAGAAUUGCAAUCAGUUUAACUCCUGACCCUUCCCACUUCAAAAGGCCCCUGUAACAAGCACAACAGAAAAGGUGACUGGUUUCAUUCAUGAAAUUUUUCUUGCGCUUUCCCCAGUGGCUUGUUUCCCUCAACACUGAUCUGUUCUUUAGAACAGGAUUUACUGUUGUUCUGUCAUCGAGCCAGGCAACCUGAAAGCUAAAGAUCCCCCUGGGGAAACACUGACUGCUUGGGUGGGCGGCAAUUGCUUGUAGCAAAUCUAUUUUAAGUCCACCUCUUUGCUGAACUUGUCCUGGCCUUUAACAGUGUCAUUGCAGCCUUGAGCCUCGUGGGUACAUACCAGAGUGUGGGGGAGAAGAGAGGUGAGGAGCCAAGAGGGCAUGUUAAACCAGAAGGAAGCUCAGGCUGGUUGUUCCAUUGUCUCUCUACAGGCAGCUACAAAUGUGCAAAGGUAAUACAUCCUCCACUCUGCGGUGCGGCUCCAGCCUGCGGUGCUUUGACUGGGAAUGUGCUAGCCGGCUUUCUUUUGUACACACACUAAACCCCCUGGGUGCUGAGCAAAUAUGAGUUAAAUGCAGUAACCGUGGGUGGAGAGCGUGAUGUCCAAAUGGUUAACACUGAUUGCCCGGCUCUCGCAGCUGUCACAACUUGUGCAGCUCAAGGACCGGGGUGAGCAGGAGCCCAGCUUGCAGACAGCACCUUAUCUGCUUGGAAAAUGUGGCUACAGCAUGAAGUAAGGCUGACCCCCAGGGCCAUGUGUGUGAGGAUGUGGUGUAAUGAGAAACAUUCUCGCAAAGCCAGCCUGAGCCGCAUUUGUAACCAGUUAGUGGUUUAAUCAGCCGGUGCUAUCCUCUGUCCCCACACACAGCAGUGUCCCACAGGCCUUGUCUAUGCAGGAAUGUUUCCCCAGGCUGUUUUUUUCCGUGGGAAGGACACCAAAGGAGCGCAGCCCCACGGCUCUGGGUCAGCUGAAGCUACUUCCAGUGCGAUUCAUUGCACCCAUGGAGCUCUGCGCUUCUCCUAAAUAACCACCGCAUUCUGGGCGGAUAUCCCACGGAGCCACAAGCUGCUGCCAAACUUGGUGCAUUCUGGGAUUUUUCCUGUGGGGCAUUGUGGGAUACCUCCCCAAACUGACUGGAAUUCUGGGACUUGGGUCAGGCUAAGAAAUUCCCAUGAUGCCUUUCCUAUGUUCCCAUCACUCCACUGGCUUUGACAUGGCACUGGGUCAUGUACUCUUCUCCUGCAUUUGCUUGUCAAUCUUUACAUCUGGGGGACUCCUGUUGAAACAGGACAGGCCGUGCUUUUGUCCCAGGACAAGGGACUCCAGGACCUCCAGAGGGACCAGGCAGAAGCACGGGGCUGCUCUAAUGGUGCCUGGUAUGUGAAUUUGCCAUCAGCCGUCACCGCAAAGGGCACACCUAGGUGUGUGCCAGCAUUUAAACAGGGAGGUAACAGCCAGUAAAGAUGACCCCAGAGUAGUAACAGGCAUGGGCCCAGCCCAGAGUGAAGCAGUGCAGUGUGGAGUAGCAGUGGGAGGACUGCCUGGCCUGGAACAGUGGAUUUGUCCCCACACGAACCUUAUCCCAGGAUCACUCAUUCUGGAGUAGAGUGAUGCCGCUUCCAAAGUGGAUUAAUACAAGUGAGUUAAGAUGCCAGAUACCCUGGGAAAAGGACACAAGACAGUUUAUACCGAAAAGAACUAAAGUGAUAUAAGAAACCAACUUUCUAGUGUAGACAAGCCCUUAGACAGGCUGCAACGGUUCUGGGGCCUGGCCCGAGGCUGGGGGUGGUGCCUUCCAGGACCAGGUUCAGCACUCUGGGUAUAACCUCCUUAGCCCCCGGGCAGCCAGCGUGGCUGAUCCUUGCUCCAGCUCCACACAGCGUGGGCUGCCCCGGGGUGCUGCUCAGGCCAUUCGGCGGCUCUCUCCUCGGGGCGCCCAAUCCCCUGCUGAGGCGGGGUGGGAGAACAGCCCAGAUUUUCCCAGUAUGCACCAAUGCAGGUAGGCAGGAUGGUGAGUGUGGCCAUGUAAACCCAGCUCCCUGAUGCUAGUGGGGCAGCGUGGCUGCUCCUCGUGGCGUCUGCUGGAACUAGGUCCCUGAGACUGUGGCGCCCCGGCUGGACGCAGGGCGGGUCUUUGCAGGGGACUGGUCUGCGCUGGGGAAUGCUGCUGAGUCUGAACGCAGCGGCCAGCAAUGGUGUUGGCUGCCGUGACGCCGAGCAUGGUUCGGCUGCCAGCCUAGAGCAGGGCACGCCACGGCAAGCCUCCUGCCAGCGAACUGGCAUUCGAGCCCCAAGCCAGGCUUUACGUGUGGCUGGCCAGCGCCAUGCAGGACGAGCCUCUGCCUGUCUGUGCUCCGCGUCACUCCUGUUCCGAUGACCCUCGACAGCCACCCGGGGCAGCCCAGGCCCUGGAAGUACAGGAGGUUAGUGAACAGGAACAGACGUGUGGACACGGCUCCUGUCCCAAGCAGCAGCAUUUCUACCAUCCAGUUCCGGAGGCCAGUGCACUGUGAGGGAGGCUCUGUGGGCCCUGCCCCCCGCCCCAGUGCUGAUAGAUGCACACGGGGCCCGCACUGCUGCAGGGAACCACUCCCACCCCCAGCUAGUGCUGCCGCUGUCCGUGGAGCCCAGGAGCUGGUGCCCGGUGAUGAGCCAGAGACUCGAGGGAGGAGAGGAUCUAAGAGCUUCGUGCCUGGAACCUGCCGUCCGUGCCCAGAGCUCCAAGCCUAGCGCUGCAAUGGCACUAUGUCCUGACCUGCGCAGAGAACCCACCAGGAGCCCAGUGCUCUGCCCACCUCCCAUUGAUUGGCAGGUCGAGGGCCUUUCCUUCAGAGCCGGCUUCCCCUUCCCUCCCUAGGGACUUGCUCGGAUUCAGCAGCAGAAUGGUGCUGGGUACGUCUACGUGGCGCUAAAACCCCCUGGCACGGAGUCACAGAGCCCAGGUCGGCUGACUCAGGCUGCGGCUGUGGGGCUAAGCAUUCCAGUGUUGGAGAUCUGCCCCGUGCCAACAUUUACGCUGCAAUUUUAGAGCCCAGCCCGAGCUGAGCCAGCCAUGCCCAUACUGGUGGGUCUGUCCUGCGCCUGCCUGUGGCGCAUGGGGUUGCCUCCCUGACCAUCUCGGCUAAUAGCCAUUGGUGGCCCUGCCCUCCAUCAAUUACCUAAUUCCCGUCAGUGGUAGAGACAGGGCUAGAACCUAGACAGACCCCGCAGGCCCAUCCCUCCGAUUGCUCUGGCUUGGCUUUGCCCAUGUCCACACUAAAGAUCUAUAUGGACGUCGCUUUGCCCAUCACUGGGGUGGAGUGAGGGCACAGGCACCAAUGACGCUGCUCCGCCACUGGCUCAGGAGAGGAUCCAGUCGCCAGUCAGACGGACGGGGGAUUUCGGGACUGGAAGGAGAUGGGCAGGGUUGGAAUUUGGGUCUGCGGUUCACUCACAAAUUUCUUUUGUGACUGCAAAGCCGCCUCCUUCGUUUGCAAGUUAAAUAGCUCAGCCUCCUUAUCAGAAGGGCCAAACCUUUUACUGCUCCUCCCAAGGGGUCAUUGAUCCUCAGCCAGCGUGCUCAGAGGAGGCCUGGAUCUCUCACCCUGCACUGCCUGUCUUGGGGGGGGGCCUCAAAUCCCAGCAAUGGCUUUGCCCUCUCGAUGGUGACACCGCGAUCUCCAGGGUAAAGCGUGCGCCUGGGGGGUGGAUAACAGGAAGCUUGGCCGGGGUCUUUGCAAUGGCCGGAGUGGGCAGCCAUUAGCAGAGCAAGCACUGGCCACUCUGCAGGGCGGAAGGGGGAGCAGAGCCCUCAGCCCAGCUCCCUGCUGCUGUCCCUGCCGGGAUUUUGUUUCUUUGAAUGUGAUCAAAGCGUCUUUCGCCCUCUGCUGCAGGACUUCACCACCCCGGUGCAUUGGGCAAUGUGCCAGCCGGUCCAAAGGUGAAAGGAGGCAUCUAUAAAGAGACAGCUCCUUCUCCUUGAGAGAGACCGGCAGAGUUUGCACAGGGAUUCCCCCGGCCGCUGCAAAAUGAGCUCGGUGCAACUCCUGGCCACCGCUGGCCUCUGCGUCUACCUCUGCCUUGCCGCCGGCCUCGCCGCUGCGCCUGUGUCUUUAGAGGAUGAGAAGGCCCCUGCCUACUGGAACGAGAGAGCCAGGAGGACACUGGAGUCAGCACUGACCCUGACACCCGUGACCCGCCGUGCCAAGAACAUCAUUCUCUUCCUGGGUGACGGCAUGGGGAUCUCCACCAUCUCCGCCGCUCGGAUCUACAAGGGGCAGCUGGAGGGCGGGCCCGGUGAGGACAGCCGGCUGGCCAUGGAGACCUUCCCCUACGUCGCCCUCGCCAAGGUGAGACGCCCCCAGCUGCUUGGGAAUGCUCCCAGGGCACGGGCUGUGCCAGCCGCCCCCAGUGCCUGUUCCCGGCCCCUUGCUGCCUUGCAGACAUACAACGUGGACCGGCAGGUGCCCGACAGCGCUGGCACCGGCACUGCGUACCUGUGCGGGGUGAAGGCCAACGCCAAAACCCUGGGGGUGAGCGCCGCCGCUGUCUAUGGCAAAUGCAACACCACGUGGGGCAACGAGGUCCACUCCGUCCUGCACCGGGCCAAGCUGUCGGGCAAGUCGGUGGGCAUCGUGACAACCACCCGAGUGCAGCAUGCCUCGCCGGGCGCUUCCUACGCCCAUGUGGUCAACCGGGAGUGGUACAGCGACGCCGACCUGCCCAAGGAGGCCGCCAGACAGGGCUGCAAAGACAUCGCGUACCAGCUGGUGCACAACACAGACAUCAACGUGAUUCUGGGCGGUGGGAGGAUGUACAUGACUCCCCGGAAGACCCCGGACCCCGAGUACCCGACGGACCCAAAGCAGAGCGGGACGAGGAAGGAUGGACUCGACCUGGUUGAGAACUGGCUCAGUGCCAAGGAGGGGGCGCGGUACGUCUGGAACAAGGAAGGCCUGGACGCCGUGGAUGAGAACUCCACCGACUACCUCCUGGGUCUCUUUGAGCCCAAGGACAUGAAGUACGAGCUGAACCGCGACGCCAGCACGGACCCCUCCAUCGUGGAGAUGACGGAGAAAGCCGUCCGCAUCCUGCGCAGGAAUCCCCGCGGCUUCUUCCUCUUCGUGGAAGGAGGCAGGAUCGACCACGGGCACCACAGCAGCAGAGCCAAGCAGGCGCUGAGUGAGGCCGUCCUGCUAGACCGGGCCGUGGCCCGCGCCGCCGAGCUGACCGACGCCUCGGAGACCCUCACCGUGGUCACGGCCGACCACUCGCACGUGUUCAGCUUCGGCGGCAGCACGCCGCGCGGCAACAGCAUCUUCGGCCUGGCACCCAAGAAGGCCGAGGACCGGCGGCCGUACACCAGCAUAUUGUACGGGAACGGGCCGGGCUACGCCAUCGCGAAUGGGAGCCGGCCGGACGUGAGCAGCCUGCCCAUCGAGGACAAGGAUUACCGGCAGCAGGCGGCCGUGCCCCUGGACACCGAGACCCACGCCGGCGAGGACGUGGCUAUUAUGGCCAGGGGACCCAUGGCCCACCUCUUCCACGGGGUGCAGGAGCAGAACUACGUGGCCCAUGUCCUGGCCUACGCCGCCUGCCUGGAGCCCUACCACGCGGGCCCCGAGUGCCCGGCCCCGAGCUGCAGGUCAGGCAGCCCAGGCCUCGGCCACCCCCACAGCCUCCUGCUCGUCGCACUCGGGGCAGCCUCCCUCCUGCUGAGGAUGUGACAGUGGACGUUGAUCUUGACCAGCCUGGGGGACCCCCCCGUGCCCUCUGCCAGCAGAGCAGCCAGCGCCCCCCAGGCUGCAGGGCUGGGCCGGCCCUGGUACCACACGAGAGAGACGCUCUUGCUUGCCUGUGUAUAUAAUUUUGUAACCGUCUCCUGCCCUCCCAGCCCCCCGGAAAUAAAAUCUGCUGCCGUUUUGUUCUUA